UAUAGUCUUUCAGUUUUAUUUAUAAUGGUAGAAUUUCAUGAAUGAGAAACUCAAUAGUAGAAUAAUUCCUAUUUAUUGCCUGUAUGGCUGAAGCAUAUAGUACGGCAUUAGUGCAGUAAGUAAAUUUUAUAGCAACUCCUCAGAUAUUUUCCUUAAAAAUCCCCUGUUCUGCCAUCAUCACAUUCCUUUAAUACUUAUUUUACAUUUAAGAAUGUUGUCAGCCUCAAUGUGAAUAUACUAAAUAUAUUAGUCAUGAUGGUGACUGAUAAAGUGUUUGUUUUUCAACUAAUUUUGUAAUGUAUUUUGCAAUACAUUUUAUACUCUUGUUUAUAUAUGUUAACAUGGCUUAACAUGGAGAUAACAUGACUAUUAUGUGGCUACUAUGUAAAUGGGAAAAAUUGCUGUCACAUUUUAUUCCAGUGUGAAUGAAAUAACAAUGUUACAUUAUCGUGAUAUUGCUGAAGAAAGAGCAGUCUCCAAAUGGUGUGGAUAUCCUCUUUGUAAUAAUAAACUUCUAAAGUUCAAUAAACAAAAAUAUUCCAUAUCCACGUCUUCAAAUAAAGUGUAUGACUUGACAGAAAGGAAAUGUUUCUGCAGUUCAUUUUGCUUUAAAGCUAGCAAAUUUGUUGAGGAACAGAUACCACAAUCUCCAUUAUGGUUGAGAAGUCUGAGGUAUGCAGUUUAAAAACUCGUUAGAGGCGUUAUUUUACUUCAAACCUAUUUGAUAUUGGUUUCUUGUAGCUUUGGGGAGGGGGGGGGGUAUAUGACCAUAUUUUGGCAUGUUGUUUUGAUUUCUGAAUGAUAUAAAUAAUAGACAUAUCUUUCUAUUUUUGCACAUAAACAAUAUAACUGCUGCAAAAAUCCCAAAUGAUCCAACAUACUACGUAUAUCAGAUUUAUAAUUGUGAAAAUCGAGGAAAAUUUUAUAUUCAAAUGAUCAGCAUUUAUAUCAUUUACCAUUUCAGGAGGUUUACUAUAUGGUGGUUUUAUGCAAUUUCCAAUAAGCUAUGACGUUAUCAACAGUUAAAGUCAAGAUUUUUGGAAAAGAUGCUAGUUGCCUACUAUUCAUAUUACUGUGGAAAGUUUAUCAUUAGUAGGCAACUAAACUACUAAACUAUCAUGUUCAAGAAAUGAUAAACUUUCCACAGUAACUUUCAGGUAAGCAAAUGUAUUUUUUGUCUGUUGUAAUGAGCAUCAACAAGACAUCUUGAUACGUAUUAGAACUGAAAUGAUUCCCAACAGAGAGUAAAAGCGCUGCCUUCAUGAAAAUU